CCUGCAAAGAAAAAACUUGAAGGCAAAGCUAAAGCCGGGAGUAUACCGGGGGAUACAGGAUCUGUGGCAACCGCGACUAUGGUUCGGCGCCAAAUGCCGCCGCGCGCCUGCAAGAGCAAGAGCCAGAGCGCCGCCAGGCCCAGUCUUAGUCCCAGCCGCCUGGCCAAGAAGCCCAGCCUGACGCCGACCACCGGUUCUCAGGCGCCAUCGCAGACCAUCGCAAAGUCGAGGCCCACCGGUCUCGAGACGAUUUUUGAACGGCCCGGCAAUGAGGACGACGGGCCCACCAGCAGCCAUGCCGUGGCAUUCGGCGAGUGCCAGCGCCGCGUCCUCGCCCUGGGUACGGGCGAAAAAAAAAGAACCCUGUCGCAGAAGAGCUGCCUGAAGGUGCGCAACACCUUGGGCGAACGCAGCACCCGGCACAUGAUGACACUGCGGGCGUCCCGCACUACUUUGGACAGCGUAAUGCUCGGGGGCUCGGACGAUGAAGGCGAGUCGGUCGGAGUCGCUCCCGUAGCUGCUCCCGAAGUCGUUCCCGCUGGAGGAAAUGCCGGUACAAAUCAGCCGGCACCAUUCGUGCUGCGCACCAGCAGGAGGCUCAAGAGUCUGCCUCCGUUUUAGAUUGUUGCACCUUCCACCCUCCAAAUGAAAGAAAAAGAAUAAAGAAAAGAAAAGCAAAGAAAAG